UCUCAUUCCCAAAGUUGAACGUGGUACUUGAGUUUCUUAGCGUGUUUAGCUUCAAUUCAUCGUUGUAGAAUUCAUCCUUAAAUGACUAUAAGAUCAAGGGUGCUGUAUUCUUAUCCACUCAUCUUCUUCAUUGCUCCCAAUUCGGCUUUUGAAGCCAUUUCAGUUCAUUCUCAUCUUACUUCACUCUCUUCUCCAUCACCAGAGUCUGCCAGUGAUCCUACAACCUAAUAAGAUAUUAAUGGCUGACUCAGAGCUGAUCAAGGAAGUUGCAUUGGUGGUUAAAGAAGAGAGUGCUAUUAAUGAUGCAAUUGAAGAAAAAAAGCUCAUUUCUCCAAUCACAGAAGAUGGUUCUAUGGAUAGAAAGGGAAACCCUGCAAUCAAGAAAAAAACCGGCCAGUGGAAAUCGGCAAUUAUCUUAUUAGUGAACUACGGGCUAUCGACCCUCGCUUUCUUCGGUGUCGGAGUGAACCUUGUUUUGUUCUUGACAAGAGUUAUGCAGCAAGAAAAUGCAGAGGCAGCAAACAGUGUUAGCAAAUGGACAGGCACAGUUUACAUUCUAUCACUCUUUGGUGCAUUCCUCAGUGAUUCCUACUGGGGUAGAUACUUCACUUGUGCCAUCUUUCAGCUCAUCUUUGUCAUGGGACUUACUCUUCUAUCACUAUCAUCUUGGUUUUUACUAGUGAAGCCAUUAGGAUGUGGUUAUGCAUUGAAACAAUGUAAUCCUCCAUCGACUAUAGGAACAAUCUUGUUCUAUCUAUCAACAUAUAUGAUAGCAUUUGGAAAUGGAGGAUAUCAACCAUCAAUUGCAACAUUUGGAUCAGACCAAUUUGAUGAAAUGGAUCCAAAGGAAAGCCAUUCAAAGGUGGCAUUCUUCAGUUACUUUUACUUAGCUCUCAAUGCAGGAUCACUCUUCUCCAACACUAUCCUGGUUUACUAUGAAGAUUCAGGGAAAUGGGUCAUGGGCUUUUGGGUUUCAACUGCUGCUGCUGCUCUUGCAUUGAUUCUAUUCCUUGUCGGAAGUCCCGGUUAUCGGUAUUUCAAACCGUCUGGCAAUCCCUUGACUCGUAUCGCUCAAGUCUUUGUCGCCGCUAUUCAUAAGUUCCAUGUCAAGGUCCCCUUCAUCCCAAAGUUGUUGUAUGAAGUUCACGGCAGAGUGUCUGCCAUUGCCGGCACUAGGAAGAUCCUUCACAGCAAUGAUUUCAGAUUUCUCGACAAGGCUGCAACGAUGACCGAAGAAGAAGAAGAUAGGAAUAAGGAUCAAUCAUGGAGAUUAUGCACAGUGACACAAGUCGAAGAAGUGAAGUGUGUGCUGAAGAUGAUGCCGAUAUGGUUAUGCACUAUCAUCUACUCAGUAGUGUUCACUCAAAUGGCUUCACUCUUUGUCGAACAAGGCGCUGCCAUGAACACAAACAUCAAAGGUUUUCACAUCCCCGCGGCGAGCAUGUCCGUCUUUGACAUCAUCAGUGUCCUCAGCUUCAUCACAAUCUACCGACAUUUCCUCAUCCCGUUAUCCGGGAAGUUUUCCAAGAACCCUGAAGGACUCACUGAGCUUCAACGCAUGGGUGUCGGUCUAGUGAUCGGAAUGCUAGCAAUGGUGUCCGCCGGCAUUGUAGAGCUUCAAAGGUUGAAGAUGGUAAGCAAGAACUCAGUUAAUGAACCGAGCUCAAUGAGUAUCUUAUGGCAAAUACCUCAAUAUGCACUUAUCGGUGCGUCGGAAGUGUUUAUGUACGUCGGGCAGCUGGAGUUCUUCAACGGGCAGGCGCCGGACGGCGUGAAGAGCUUCGGAAGCUCACUUUGCAUGGCUUCUAUAUCUCUUGGAAAUUAUGUGAGCAUUAUGCUGGUUACCAUAGUUAUGACUGUUACUACUAAAGAUGAUAAAAGGCCCGGGUGGAUCCCCGGAAACUUGAAUUCCGGCCAUCUUGAUAGGUUCUUCUUUCUCCUUGCUGCUUUGACAUCAUUGGACUUCUUGAUUUUCUUGGUUUGUGCUAAGUGGUAUAAAGGUAUCAAGCUUGAUGAUGGUUAUGGAGAAGAAGAAGAAGAAGAAGAAGAGGAAGAAGAGGAGGAGGAGGAGGAGGAGAAGGGUAAUAAGGUUUAAUGUGGUGUUAAUGUUGGUGUUUUUGUUUAGUGUUUUUCAUGUUCUUAGUUAUGUAGAUGCAUAAUAGUGUUUGGUCUUUGUAGUUUGUUGUUGUUGUUGUUUUUUUUUCUUUUCUUUUUUUCUUUUUUGGUUUAAGGAGUUUGUUGUUGCUGUUGCUGCUUUUGUGCUAAGUGUAGCUCAAUGGGUGGAAUAAAAUUUGGAUUUAUAUUUA